AUAACACAUGUAACAAACCAAUCUGAAAAAAGUGUUUUCCUCUAUUAGGAAAUCCAUGGCGAUAUCUUAUGUUCACCCUCUUCUUCUUCUUCUCCUCGCAUCACUCUUCUUUUUACCUGCUUUUGGCGACUUAAUUGAUUUUAGAUACUGCAACAGUAAAAAAGGGAUACAAGUUCGGUAACAUGACUCGUGUGGAAGUCUCUCCUACGGACCCUCAAUAUAUUCUCAUAUACGGUUCUACAAGUAAUACAAGCCAAAGGCUCCUCGAUGGUGCUUUAGAUUUGUCCCUUGUAAUUGACCAAUUUCGAUUUCGUAUAAUGAGGGAGACGGACCUCCGUGGAGUGUUGUGGGAUCAAUGGCCUCUUGAACCUGGCAAAGACUUUCUGAUAAGAGUUUGGAGAGACAAGUAUUUGCGGUUUUUUGAUAAGUACAUGAGUAUCCUAACAUUGUUUAGUGACUACGAAGGCUCUGGCAAGCUUAAAGAACAAAUGUGUAUCAAAUUCAAGUUACCUCCUCCAACUCCUACAACGUGAAAAAUAUGUUUUCUAGUCCUUAUCUGACUUCCCCUAAUUACGUACACUAUUGUUUUUCCUUAUCAUUUUCUGUGAAGAAAUAAAACGAAACCAUUAACCGGUAUCGAUAUAUAUGUUGUAAUUUUGGUUUGAUUUCUAUGUACGCAGAUGUCAUUGGUUUUCCGUAUAGUACCAAACGG